AUGAGCAAAUAUAUAGAAAGAUCUGAAAGCUCAGUUGAGUAUGCGCAUUCUUUUAUAGAAGCAGAACUUCAUCAAAUGGAUAAUAUGACUAAAGACAAUGCAUCUCAAAAUAUAUCUAAUAUGAGUGAUUUCGAAGACUAUGAAGAUAUAUUGUUUGCAACUGAAUUAUAUGAAAUAGGCCUUGAAGACUAUGAAAGGGCCUCAUUUGAUGAAGCUUUUAGGACUU